AGACGGUUUGAGAGCGACCGACAUACAAUAAUGCCUCCAAAUUUUUUUGUUUCUCAUGCUUUGGAAGAAGGACAGGACUGGAGGGCGUUUAUGGCUGGUAUUGCUACAUACCCCAACUUCAUGGUUGCUUGGUGGGAUGUUGAUACGGUCUUAUUGCCGAUUCAUUCAUCCCCUAAUCAUUGGCUAUUUGGGGAACUACGAUUAGCGUCAAUGGAAGUGCAUAUUUAUGACAGUCUUGGUAGAGGUGCUUAUGAAAAAUUCCAAUCCGAAGGAAUCUUUUCCAAAUUUGAACGUCGGGUGGCAAAUUAUUUGGACAAGAUUAAGUAUUGGGCGUGGAGGAACAUCCCAAGGAUUCCAUUGAAUAUGCAAUUCAUUUAUGAAGAAAACGUUCCCCAACAAAGUAGUCAUUUGGGAGAUUGCGGUGUUUUUCUUUGUAUGUUUAUGGAGCAAUUGGUUUCAGGUCAACCAAUACGUGUUCUUAUUGACCCAAAGAACGCAGCUUUAGAGUUCCGUCUCCGGAUGGCAAAAAUUAUUUGGGGGUCUAGUCUUGCUCCUCUGUAGUUGGAUUAUAUAAAUGUAUAUACAAAUUAAUGUUGGAUUUCAUUAUUAGUUUAUCUUUAGAGUUUACUCAACGGAUGACAAAAAAUAUAACGUUACGACAAUUACAACAAUUUAAUGACCUACUAAUUACUUAUCAAUAAAUUCAACAUAAG